GAUUGAUAUCGUAUUGGUGUUCGUCUGCAACAAAUUCGUUUGUUCCUCCCAGUGCAGUGCUUGCUAGUGCUGUUUAAUGAUGUCUGGAUCGCUACCACCCUCAUCAGACUCGAUGUCAUCUCAGGAAUCUUCCUCACUACCCUACACUGUGGGACCCCAAGGUGAAGGUCGUAACCUUGGCAAUGGACACAGUACGCCAUCACCACUCAAGAUCUUUGGCCAGGCAAAGAAGAAGGUCAAUGUUAUAUUCACAGAUAUUGAAGCUUACGUGAAAGAGAGUGAAUACUUUCUUAAUGUUGUUUCGGGCCAAGAACAAAACAUAGUGAGCAAGAAUCACUUGGAGACGAUCCAUGGCUUCAGAGAGAAGGUUCAGGGAAUUACUGGAGUUCUUGGCAGGGAUCAUAUGAAAGUGGCAUUCUUUGGAAGGACGUCGAAUGGCAAAAGUACUGUGAUUAAUGCUAUGUUGCGUACGAAACUGAUGCCAAGUGGUAUCGGACAUACGACACACUGCUUCCUUCAAGUCGAGGGAGGAGAUGGCGGAGAAUCGUAUCUCAGGACUGAGGACUCGGAGGAGCAUAAAAGCGUCCAGUCUGUGAAACAGCUGGCCCAUGCUCUGAGCUCAGUCAAGUUGGACCAGAAUUCCCUGAUUUCAAUAGUAUGGCCAAAAGAGAAAUGUCAACUUCUAAAGGAUGAUGUGGUACUUGUAGAUAGCCCCGGUAUAGAUGUCACCCCUGACCUUGACAGUUGGAUUGACAAGUUCUGCCUAGACGCUGAUGUGUUUGUUCUGGUGGCGAAUGCUGAAUCAACACUUAUGCAAACGGAAAAGAACUUCUUCCAUAAAGUUAGUGCCAAAUUAUCAAAACCCAACAUCUUCAUCUUGAAUAAUCGCUGGGAUGCUUCGGCAAGUGAACCAGAGUAUAUGGAGGAGGUCAAACGACAGCAUGAAGAAAGGAACAUCGCAUUCCUGGCAGACGAGCUAAAUGUGACAACUCGUGCGGAAGCAGCUAAUAGAGUGUUCUUCGUGUCGGCACGCGAAACAUUGACGUCAAGGCUGCAUCAGGAAUCUGGCACACCAACACCAACUGGUGCACUGGUAGAGGGAUUCCAAGCCAGAUUAUUUGAAUUUGCAAAUUUUGAACGAAAGUUUGAAGAGUGUAUUUCAAAGACUGCUGUCAAGACGAAGUUUGCUCAGCACACAGAACGUGGUAAAAUGAUUUCAGGGGAGAUGAGGAUGAUGAUGGAGGAUGUUUAUAUGAAUGCACAGCAUAAGAGGGAUUCGUGUGGUACGAGGCGGCAAGAGGCUGCCGACAAUCUUGACUACACGACCAAGCAGCUGGCAUUACUAACGUCGGAAACGAAAGACAAGAUCAAACAAAUGGUGGAGAAUGUUGAGCGUAAGGUGUCAAGUGCGUUGAACGAGGAGAUACGCCGACUGUCUGUUCUUGUUGAUGAGUUUGAUCGGCCGUUCCAUCCUGAUCACAUGUUAUUGACAGUUUAUAAAAAGGAGUUGCACUCACAUGUCGAGCAGGGUCUCGGCCGAAACCUGCAAGCUAGGUGCUCAACAGCUUUACAGCAAGGGGUAGACAGUACAGAAAAAGACAUGACAGAGAGACUAACAGCCCUUCUGCCGGAAGAUGCGAGACAACAUACAGCCAAUCUCCUCCCCGUGAAAGAUUUUGAAGUCGCAUAUCGCCUAGAUUGUCGGAACUUGUGUGCCGAUUUCCGUGAGGAUAUCGAAUUUCGAUUUUCACUCGGCAUCACAACAUUAGUGAACCGUUUCUUGGGUCCCAAGUCUGGAAAACGUGCUCUGUUAGGAUAUAAUGACUCGAUUCAACGGCCAAUCCCCAUGACACCACAGACGCCCAGUAACGAAGUUUUCCAGCCACCGCAACAAGACAAUUCAGAAUUAGUGGUGGCACUGCUGGGCACGUUUGCUUCUCUCACGUCAAGAACUACAGUUGGUGCAAUAGUCGUAGCUGGACUGGUGACGAAAGCUGCUGGCUGGCGGAUCAUCGCAGUGAGUGGCGUCAUCUAUGGGCUGUUAUAUCUCUACGAACGACUGACGUGGACAAACAAAGCUAAGGAACGUCAUUUCAAGUCGCAGUAUGUCGAUUAUGCGUCGAGUAAAUUAAAACUUAUCAUUGAUUUAACCAGUGCCAACUGCAGUCACCAAGUACAGCAAGAAUUAUCGUCAGUAUUUGCUCGCCUGAGUCGUCAGGUUGACCAAGCCAAGUUGGACCUUGCGGAGGAGAUUAAACAGCUAGACAAGGAAUGUGAGCAACUUGAAGAGAUUGGAGGCAAAGCUAAGAUACUCAAAAACAAAGCGGGAUGGUUAGACAGUGAACUGAACAGUUUUAUUCAUCAGUACCUAAAAGACACCAGUGACGAGUCACCAAGGAGUUGAUGAGGAAGCUGUUUGAUUAUGUUUCCAUGGCGACAUCUGUUUCUAAGCGUAUCUCCAUGGCAACAUCUGUUUCCAAGCAUAUCUCCAUGGCAACAUCUGUUGUGAUAGAAAUUGUCCAAAAAUGUUGAAGUCAAAAUCUAUGGGAAAACCACUUGGUGGAGGAAGUUUUUUUAAAUGCAGCCAAGAAUGUAAAGGAUGACGGCAUUAUGUGAUCUUUCGGCAUCUGUUUAUGUUCGGGUAGACAUCCGACAGUAUCAAAUGAUCGCUGAUCUGGUUGGCCUGCUAUCUGGUUAGUGUCGCUAACAGUUAUUGUGUUCAAAGUGCUGCCUGUGGGUAUCGAUAGACUUUUGUGAUGGUCGGGUUGAUGUCCUGAAAAAAUAUUAGUGUGUUUAUGUACAGUGUACAUACAGUAUUUAGUAGGUAACACUGUUCUAAGAUGAGACCAGUCGCAUGCCUAUUUAUUAUUGUGAAGAAUCAUGGUCACUCUCUUCUGUUACAUGAAAUACAUUUAUUAUGAAAUGAAAUACUGCUGUCUUACUCUUCGCAUAAGACAGAGAAGCAAAAUAUUAUGCAAAAAUAGGAAUUUAAAUGAUGGAGAGUAUUGCCAGUUGCAGCUUGCGUCACUAACAUGUAAAUAAUUGUACAUAUGAUAGUUCCUCUUCCUCAUGAAGGGAUGUUCUACAGUGCAACAAAAAAUGCACAUAGUCGUUUUAGCAACUGAACUUUCAUAUGUUUUGCAACAUCCAAUACUUCAAAAUAGUCAUUUGAAAACAAAUAAUUAUCAUCACACAAAGUUUUGAUAAUGCUUUUUGAGACCGUUUCUAUAGGAAAGGUUUAAUAUUUUGUUCACUCUCUUGAGGAGUUUGUCAUGGCGAUUCUUGUUGAAUGUCUAAAAAUGCAAAGCUCCCACUAUUUACCCAUUGUUUCUUGGUUCGAAGCUAGACAAAAGAAAUUGAUCAGGUCAAUUUCAAUUCAUUGUUUUACCAUAAGUGAUGUUUUGGGCCAUAGUGUCAUCCAUGCGAGUUUCAGAAAAUUGCCCUGGUAGGUUUUGCCACAAUCACAAUCCAAGGGAUGGUUUCUUAAGCACCCAGCCCCUUAGCCAAAAUUGAACACUUUGAUGUUGUUGAGGUGAUUUCCCAAACAUUUGAAAAAAAUUCUGGUAUUGAAAUUAUUGUUUACAUCAAAAUGUCCAUGUGAUGUAUAAAUUUUAUGUGUGGAGAAUCUAUUCUAAUUAUGUUCAUUGAUUCUCGUUGUUAGUAUUGUGUUAAAAGACCACUUCAAAUUUUUUUGGUUUACCGCUGUAUCAUGUUGAUUUAAGACAGAUAGUGCUAGUUAAAACUGCCUCAUAGUUGACAAGUGGUGCUAUGUUUCCUUAUUUCAGAUUUAUUUGCAAAAGUUGUAGUAUUUGUACUAGAUGAGAAAAAUGACACACUUCUCGAACUUCCCCUUAAUGAACUUUACCAGAAGUAGCUAAGACUAAGCUUAAAGGGCUUAAAAGAUGUCUCGAGCUUGUACUAAAAUGACACGCCUACACGUGUUGUACAUAGAUCGGUUCAGGCUAGUUCAUCUUUAUAGACACAUGUGUGAAUUGUCGACUAAAACAAUGAAAUGUCUAAAUAGUUGCUGGCUGCGGGUCAUACUAAUUCCCGACCUACCCCGACUUUUCCCGACAUUUACCGACUUGCGGAAAAUGCUGCCAAAAUAUAGUGUAUUAAUCAUCAGAAUAUUUAUAUUUGUACCUAUACAGCACGUCUGUUAAUUUCAAGACUUUUGAACGAUGCUAAGUUGAGCAAAUCAACUCCAAUAAUUACAUCUAUUUACCAACCGCAAUUAUUUUCUGCAGGUCGGUAAUCUUUGUUAGUUGUGGUUGUCGCUUCUUGUAAACUGUACAUGCAUAGCGCAUAUGCUCAUGUUCGGCCUUGCGGUCGGUAAAUAGAUGUAAUCAUUGGAGUUGCUUUGCUCAACUUAGCAUCGUUCAAAAGUCUUGAAAUUAACAGACGUGCUGUAUAUGUAUGUAAACAGUACAAAUAUAAAUAUUCUGAUGAUUAAUACACUAUAUUUUGGCAACAUUUUCCGCAAGUCGGUAAAUGUCGGGGUAGGUCGGGAAUUAGUAUAACCGGCUGGCUGCUGAUAUUGUUGAAGGUUCUUGAAGCGUUGCAUUGUACAUUAUGCCUGUUCAGGGGAAGAUAAGGUUUUUUUAGGUAGAGGGCAUAAGUAUGAAUUAUGAAUUUAUUUGUUUCUCCUUUGGAUUUAAGAUAGAUGAAUUUCUUUAACUCUGAUCUAAUUAUACCUGGAUACUUAUUUAUUACAAGUGAUACUUUCAUCACAACAUCAUGAAUUCUGCACCAUUAGAACUUUUUAUUUAAGUUUUUUAAAAGUGUGUACUACAUGUAAAUAGAAGUGUUUACUACAUUUUUUCAGUGGUGAGUGGCUCUCUGGGCCAUCUCCCAUUGAAUGAUUAUAGCUUGGUUCAAGAUGUUCAGAAAUGUUGCAUACUGCUCUCAUUUUCACAAUUGCUCUUGGAUUUUCAUCAAACCUACCUCAAAUUGAUUGUUACAUCAUGUCCCAGUGUUUAAAUCCAUUCAAAAGAUUCAUUCCUACCACAACUGUUCCAGGAAAUGACAACUUUGUGCAGGAUACGAGCCCCUAUGCUAAAUGCAUGUGUCAACCACGGCACAUCAUGAUGAGGCUACGUGCAUCAGAGCGUCUGGAGCUUGUGCUACGUAAUUUAUCAUGACAUUUGUUCAAUGGCUUGAAAACCCUGUGCAAAUUAUAGUGUAGUAAACUUUCCUAUGCUGUAACAUUGGGCCUUUUUCUGGAGUGGUUGUGGUCGGAACUUUUUUUGAAUGUACAGUACAACCUCUCUAUUGCGGACACCCAUGGGACUGGGCCCAGGUGUCCGCAAUAGAGAGGUAUCCGCAAUAGAGAGGUUAUGCCAAAUCGUCCGAUAGGUGGAUUUGAAGUUCCCGCCUUGCAGGUCUUGGUUUUCUCUUGUGUCGACAUCUAGCGUAGAAACUUUAAACCUGUUGGCUGAUCGGUAUUUGCUUGUGAUGUUGCUUUGAAUGACCCGAGCUACUUUGGAACUCAGAGAGUGAAUAAUCUCUCUAGUAAAAGGUGCCCCUUUUAUUGCAAAAUCUCCUCGACAUGUCAUAAUGUGUGAAAAAACACCAUAAUUUCUGUCCAUCAGCCACCUUUGAUUAAUAAUUAAUUUUUUCUAAUUUCUCUACUAACGCAUAUUCGCCGCAACACUGACAAAACCGCGUGGAUUUAUGAGUGUCCGUGGACACAAUAGGCCGAUGUGAUUAGUUGAAAAGAUGAGUAAACAAAUGCUGCGGCUUAAUUAGGAUACAAAAACACAAUGCCAUGGGGUAAUUACGUUGAUUAAUUAUGCAAAAAUCACACCUGUCGGGCCUACUCGACUCUCCAAGCGCACGUGGGAAACCAUUGUUUUUGCCUACUGUCCGUAAUUGGGAGGGAAUUGGACCAAAAAUUGGCCAUCGCCCUGUCCGCAAUUCGGAGUAGAUAGGUGUCCGCCGUACAGAGGUUUUUGUUAUUGGAAAUGACUUAGAAAAACGUGUCCGUAAUGUAGAGGUGUCCGCCUGGCAGAGGUGUCCGCCAAGGGAGGUUCUACUGUAUUGAAAAGCUGGGACAUGACUGAUGAUGCAACGAUCAGUUUGAAAAUAUAAAAUUGAAACAGCCAGGGGCAAUUGUGCUCACCGUAUCUAGAUAUUUGGUGGUUAGGAAUUCAUCCUGGUUAAGGAACAAAAUUUUAUCGAAAAACGAGUCACUCAUAAGAAAGAUAUCAAACUUUUUAGGUUUCCACUUCUGGCCCCCUGGUGGCCAAGUCAAGAAUCAGAUCCGACCGAAAUUCAUUUCAGAGGUAACCUGACCUGGGGCGUCCUGUUAACAAAGUUUCAAGUUCAUAGCUCUAGCGGUUAAGAAACGUGCCACUGUUUUUGAAACAGGAUACAGACAACAACGGACGCUGCGGUAUUGUAUAGACUCCCCUACGGUGAGCCAAUGGGAGGGAUAUGCAAUAUUUCUGAACAUCUUGAACCAAACUAUAAUAUAUCAUUCAAACACCGCCUCCCACCAUCUUCUUUAUUUCUCAACAUCAAGUCCCCAGAUGGAGCACAACAAACCACUGGGUAAAACCAGUGUUGAUGUUAACCAUUUCACUGUGCUAUAACCCGUGGUACGGUAGACCGAAACUCCACCAGUUCGAUAGCAUCAUACCACUGUGUACUGUGACCUAUCACAUAAUGCACAACAUUAUGUCAUUGUCCAAAUGAUGCAGUGGACAGCAGUAAUUGAAUAAUGUCGAAGAGAAGUCUCCUGGUCAUGUGAUCUGAUGAGGAACCUGUACAACAAAACCUGCCAAUAGGGGUCCCUGCAGGCAAGUGGACCAUGCUUGUAAUGACAUGAAUGAGAAAGCCAUUUCCCGGGUUAAUGAUUAUUGUAUAUUUCAUCCCUUAAUUACUCUACAUGGGGAAGUAGCACCAAAAAUGUUGUUUUAUUGGUCCAUAAUUCUAUUUUGAUUAGUUUUAGGGAGAAAAUCAACAAAACUUAAUUUUAAUGGAAAAGCACUGGAAGUGUACCUUUUAGUACUGGUGCUGCCAUCUGGAUUUUUAGUUCUGCAGGUUCCUCAUUGUGUCGGAGACAAGACCACCAUUGAAUAUUCAUAGGUUGGAGGAUCCAGACCUAUCAAUUAGACGCGAGUAUGUUUUUAACUGUCAAUUGCAUAUUUGGAGAGGUAUUGAAAAGAUAUUUGGUGUGGCAAGUCUGACUACAGAUGUAAAGAAAUUAUUUGAUGAAAAAAUUAAUUAUGAAUUUCGCUAAUUUGGCAAUAGUGUUUUGAGAUUUUUCUGCCAGUUGGCUGAAAAUAGUUGAAAUGUCAGCUUCUGUCCAAUUUUGUUGAUUAUCAAAACAUUUCCAUGGUGAACUACCAGUUUUCUUUUCACCAUUUACUUGCUUUUUGAAUUUCAACAAAUAUAAAGGUAUAAAUACCAUUUUUGCCACAGUAGUCUAAUGUGAAAAGGGGAGUGAUCAUUGUCACAUCUUAGAAAUUUAUUGUGAUCAUCAUGAAAGGCAUGGUAGCCAUGAUUUGGUCUACUUUUGCUCUAAUGAUAACAUACAGAUGGCAGUGUCGCUAUGUUUAGUAUGCAUUGUAUGAUAACGAAAUCAUAAUAAAUAUGA